AUGACGGCGGAGGGGACGGCGUGCAACGGCGCCGGCGAGGCGCCGAAGGCGGAAUUCGCGCCGGAGAAGGUGGUGGUGGCCGCCUCGCCGGAGGAGAAGGCGGUCGGGGAGCGCGAGGGCGAGGAGGACGUCGGCGGGCCGUUCGUGAUCGUCAACGGCGGCGACUCCGACGGGCACUCCGACCGCGGCUCAGAUCUGGGCAAGGCGCCCGACGAGGACUCGCCGUCCGAGGAGGACGACGUGCCCGGCUCCAAUGCAGCUCCGGACGCGGCCGUGGGCGGAGAUCACGGGGCCGCCGAAGAAGGGGAAGCGGGUGCUCAGGGUGCCGCACUCGGUGCUUCGUCGGCGGAAGGGGGUGAUCGUGCUUCCGAGGGGUCUGAGGGUAAGCCGAGUUCCGAUUGUGUUGCUGAAGUGGCGCAGCAGGAGGCUGUUGGUGAAGAGGACGGUGGGGUAGCUGCUCUGUCGUCCGGUGGGUGCGAACCUGCCAUCGCCAGUGCUGAUUCUGAGGCACCCGCUGUGGAUUCUGAGGUUGAAGGCAAGGAGGGCACAGUGGAUGGAAGUGCUGUUGCUGAUGUCGCUGAAGCGGUGGUGUAUCAGGAAGCUAGCACGGAGCAGGAUGGAGAUGCUGAUGUGAUGUCCUCUGCCAAUGAUGAUGCCCUAUCGUCUCCCAAGUCUUCUUCUGCUGCCAUGGAGUCCGAAGUUGUUAGGGAGGAUAGCAAAGAACAGAGUACCACUGAUGUUGUGGAGCCACAGGAGCAGGGUACAGUUGGGGCAAGUGCUUUGGUGGAGAAUGAGCAUCUUUGUGCCGACAUGAAGGCUGAUUCAUUUGUAGCUGCUACUGAGCCUGACAGUCAAGAGGAUACUGCUGUGGAGUCCUGCAGGCACGAUGAUGCCCUAAUUUGUACCGAGUCUGGUUCUGCUGACAUUGAGUCUGAGGUUUAUGGAGAGGAUAGCAAACAAGAACAGAGCAACGCCGGUGUCGUGGAGGUUGAGGGGCAGGGUGUUGGUAGGGCAGAAGUGCUGAUAACAAAUGGGCAUCUUUGUGCCGACACCCAAGCUGAUUCUUCUGAAGCUACUACUGAGCCUGAGAACCAUGCUAAUGAGAGCAAACUGACUGAAGUUGCAGAAUCAGUGGAGGAGGAUGCUGCCAAUGCCACAGAUGCAUCAUCACAAACCAAUGGGCAUAUUUAUGUUGCCUUGAGUGCUGAUUCUGGUAUAGUUGCUUCUGAGUCCAAGGCUGAUUCCUUUGAGACAGAUGGGCAAGAAACUGAUCAGCAAGAAGAGGAAGCUCCAAAAACUGAAGCUGAAGUGUUGGAGGGAGUGUUAAAACCAACUGAAGGGAACUGUGCAGGUAGUGUUGAGGAACUCAUAGGAGAGGAAGUUGACGCAGAUGAGCAUGCCAGUGUAGAAGGUACAACUGAUGCUUCUGGGGAGCAAGAAGCCAAUCCCAUGCAGGUAGAAGGUGAAGCCACAUGUGGUAUUCUCGAAUUUGAAGAAGUGGAUAUGGAUAAGGACGGUGAGGUGGGUUUGUGUGAUGACUCCACGGUUGGUAAGGAAAAAAUAGAUGAAGCUGUCCCCAGUGUUAAUGUUGGUGAGUCAGAGGAAGUAACUGAGAAUACAAUCCAAGAUACCAUGCAGGGUGGAUUGGCCAAGGAUGGAGUUUAUAUAGGCACAAUUCAUAUUAAGCCAGGAUCAGAUCCUUAUGUUGAAUCAAGCCUUGAACAUGAAGUCAAGGCAGAAGUUGAUUUAGUUGAUGAAAUCACAGCAGAGUCGGAUUUGAAAGCUGAAAAUAUGGUUGAAGUAAGAACAGCUCAUGAAGUUGAUGAAAUAGAGGUAAAAGAACUUGCUUUUGCUGAUGAGGCUAAUGUAGCUCCUUUACACCUUCAGCAGGACUGUGAAUCUGUUAUGGAAACUAUAGAGCAUGAGAAGGUAGAAGCACCAGGUGUCUGUCAACCUCAUGAAAUUGAGAAUUCUUCAGAAGUAGAACUGAAGAGAGAGUUUGAGGUGAAUUUUGAUGAUGCCGUUCCAUUUCAAGAAGCUGCAGCUUCUGUGGCCUCUGUUUUCCACCAUGAGCCAAGGUCCAUUGAUUUGGUUGAGAAUGAUAGCGGUAACCAUUCCAGCCCAACUACUGUGUUGGAAUCCUGUGACCAUGUGCAAACUGAAGAGAGCAGAUCCCAAGAAAUUUCUAUGACCACUGUUGAGCAACCUAUAUGCAGCGCUUCUUUGGAACAUGGAACAAUGGUGGUUGACGAAGUUGAAAUAAACUCUGCAACAGGAAAUGUAUCUAAAGAAAAAUCUAGCAACGUUGUUGUUGAUCAAGUUGAACCUGUCAAACUGAAUGGAGAUGAACUUGUUGUGGUUGAUGAUGAUCAACCCAGUUUUGAUCCAAGCUGUGAAUCUGUUAGUGAGAUUGUUGAAGAUAGCAAAUCACUGGAAAAUCAGUCAGAAAUUUGCAAUGCAUCCGGUAUGUCUGAUGAGUGUUCCUCCAGAAUUGCAAAUGAAGGUCCCUCUCCAAUUAAUAUGUCUGAUGAGUGUUCAUCCAGAAUUGCAAAUAAUGGUUCCCAUAAUGAGCCUCCUCAUCUAACUGAGGAGCCUUGCCUCUCAGACAAGUCAUGCAACACUAUCAAUUAUGAAAAUGGAAAUGAGCCUGAUGUGGUUGAAACCAAAUGUGUGGAAGCACUAGUGACAGAACAGAAGGACAAUGGACACCAUGCUUCUAGUGAGUGGCAUGGAGAUCAUGCGCAAGUUGCGCAGGCUCACUUAGACCAGCUGACCCAGGAAAGAGAUGCGAUUAACCGUCGCAGGCAAAAGCAAAAGGCUGUAUGUGAUCAAUACAGGGAGAAGCUUGAGGCAGCACGUCGAGAAGAGCGGGAAGCUAGGACUGCCCAUGGAGAUAAGAAGAAUGAUUUAAAUAGUGUACGUUCGGUAUUAGGGAAAUUGCACCAAGCAAAUUCAGUUGAAGAACUUGAUGAGCUGGUUGCGAAGAAAGAGAGGACUAUGCAACAUGAGACAAUUUCUUUGAAAGAAGAAAAGCUUUUAAUUAAAGAGAUUAAUGAAUUAAAAGCCCAACGGAAGCAGCUGUCCGCCACUAUGGGCUCAAAGGCUGAAAUCAAUGAGGCAUUUGACCAAAAAGAUCACAUUCAUGAGCAGCAUAAGGUGUUAAAGAAGGAUUCUGAUGUUUUAUUCACCAACCUGAAAUCCCUAGAGGAAAACACAAGAAAGAUUCAAAAAUCUUUCGAAGAUGAAAGAACAGCUCUCAGAAAAUUAACAGAGGAACACCGAGCAGCUAAUGAAAUACGUCAAAAUGCCUACUGUGAGUGGACUGAGCUUAGAAAUGAGCCCAGCAAGAAGAAUGAAUACUUUUUCAAGUACAGGGACGCUCGGAAUGCAGCAGAAACUUUCAGAGCUAAUGGAGAUACAAAUGGACUUAAAACACACUGUAAUAGUCAGAUUGAGAGAGUUAUGGAAAUGUGGAACACAAACGAGGACUUCCGCAAGCAGUAUGUUGAAUCAAACAAGGUUAGCACACUAAAGAGAUUAGGGACCCAUGAUGGACGAAGACUUGGCCCUGAUGAGGAUCCUCCAGUCAUUCCAAGCAGAAGACCAAGCAGCAUUUAUCCAUUGUCUGCCUCAAGCCCGGAAGUGCCCACUUUAGCUUCAAUACCAGCACCUGUAUUGGCUGCUCCAGCUGCAGUCCCUGUCAAAGAGGACUCCUUUCCUGUUUUGGCAGCCCCCCAGACCAGUAAGCGCGGCAAAUCAAAAGCAUCUGGUAGCUCUGCCCAAAUUGAGAACAAUUCUGUUAUAGUGUCAGAGGCAGAAGAUUUGAAACAAACUUUAAAAGAAAAGGCUCGUCUAUUGGAGGAACAAUUGGAGUUAGCUAGGAAGGCAGAGGAGUUGGCACGGAAGGAGGAGGAAUUAAGAAAAGAGAGGGAUGCAGCUGAAAAGGAGCAGCUUAGGAUGGAGCAGAAGGCUAAGGCUAAGGAGGCUGAGGAGAGGAAGAGGCGGAAAGCAGAGAAGGACAAGGAAAGAGCCGAGUUCAAAGCACGCAAGGAAGCUGAGGAGAGGGAGAAGAAGAAAGCAAAGAAAGACAAAAAGAAAGGCACAGCACCAGCAGAUUCGAGCGCCAUUGGCGACAGCCAGGCUGCGGCUUUGGCUACAGCGGAUACUGACAGCAAUGCAUCAGACAACCCAAGGGAAGUUGAGGUUUCUCAACCAGCAGCGGCUCCCAAGAGGCUGUCUAGGCCAGCAGCGGCAAUCAAGCAACUGAACAGGUUGCAGCCCAUGCCAGCGCCCCUACGCAACAGGGGCAGGAGGAAGCUGCGGCAGUACAUCCUGAUUGCAGCGGCUGUGCUAUCGGUGCUGGCGCUGUUCGUGGCAGGCAACUACAUUCCCAGGCUCAAGUCGGUUCACUCCUGA